CCGCCCCGUUCAUUAUUCCUUGUUGGACCAUCGGAGACGAGGACAGGAGAGCAUCGAAGAGAAUGUUCGGAUACGAUCGGGUGGAGAAGGGCGUCGCCCCCGGCCUCGACAUCGAGGCCGGGACGCUCUACCCGGGGCUCUCGCUCGGCGAGAACGACCUCCGGUGGGGGUUCAUCCGCAAGGUCUACGGCAUCCUCGCCGUCCAGGUGCUGCUCACCACCGCCGUCUCCGCCGCAACAGUCUUCUACCGUCCCGUAAACGCGGCCCUCGCCUCCAGCCCUGGCCUCGCACUGGUCCUCGCCCUCCUUCCCCUCUUCUUGUUGUUCCCAUUGUACCGUUAUCAACAAAAGCAUCCACUAAACUUUUUGUUCCUUGGACUGUUCACUGUGUGCCUAAGCUUAAGUGUUGGUGUGGCCUGUGCAAAUACCCAAGGAAGGAUUGUUUUGGAAGCAUUGAUUUUAACUUCUGCUGUUGUGUUGUCGUUGACUGGAUAUACUUUCUGGGCUUCAAGAAAGGGCAAGGACUUUAGUUACCUUGGACCAAUUCUAUUUGCCGCUCUCACUGUGCUUCUCUUGACAACUUUCAUCCAGAUAUUCUUCCCCCUUGGACCAACAUCGGUUGCAAUAUUUGGCGGGCUUGGGGCUCUUGUUUUCUCUGCUUUCAUCGUGUAUGAUACAGACCAAUUGAUCAAGCGCUACACUUACGACGAGUACAUCUGGGCAUCAGUUGUCCUGUACCUUGACAUACUCAACCUGUUCCUUUCUAUCAUGAACAUGCUUAGGGGCAUGCAAUCAGAUGGUUAGGAUGAAGGCAAAUGGUUUUGCUACUUAUGUGUGUGAUUAAAAGUAUCUAUCAUAUCGGUGGGGAAAUCAUACUGUAUAUGUUUAAUACUACUGUAAUAUCAUUAAAUGUAUGAAACUCAUGCAAUCAUGCCUGGUUAGUGAUUGUUCUACUGGUGUAUUACUACAGUGUGUACUUGAUGAAAGGAUUAAGCAAUUUGUCAUCUUGUGCUUUA